UCCCUAAAUUCCCUGGGGCGCAAAAGAUGUUCGAAUAUUGAGCAUGCGCAGUGUCGGUUCUUGUACAAAAAUGGCGGAAAGCGGUGCUGUUGCCGGCGGAGAGGCUUCUAACACUGUUGUUCAAGGACCGGUUGUUGCUCCACCAAAGUUCGUUUUUGGUCAAAACAUGUCAGAUCGAAUCAAGAAUGUUGUGUCUAGUGCUUCUUCCAGUGUAGACAGUUCUCCAAAGCCAUCAGAAAAGACAGACUCUGAUGGUGAAUCUGAGUCUUCAGUAUCUAAGCGUCCUGCUGAUGGAGAUAGUAACAAGCGAGAGUUUGCUGAUGAUGGUGUCCCAUUGUCUCCAGUAAAGAAAGUAGCAAAGAUAUUUAAGGCUGACUCAGAGGAGGAACCUAGACCUUUCAAGUUGAAGCCUUCACUUCUAAAUGAAGUGGCAAAGAAUCUGGCCGGCACUAAGGGUGAAGCCAAGGCUCGUACAUCCCCAGUGCCAAAGACAUUUGGAAUGUCCACAAGCGAUGCCAGCAGCACAGAGACCAGGACUGGGGCUUCAUCACCAGAGCCUCUAACUUUGCCAAAGUCACAGAACUACUUCCAGAUGUUUCUCAACCAGAAAUCUGAUAACAGUCCCAAACUGGAGGGGUCAAGCAAUGGUGGCUUUGUUUUUGGUAGGAACAUGGGAGAAAGAGUGCAGUUUUCUGUUGGUGAGCAAAACAGCCAGCCAGAGGCAGAUAAAGUAGUGGCUGACACUGAAUCAAGUGCAGAGCCAGCUGCAGCCUCAGCUUCUCCUAACAAAGUAGAGCCAAAGACUCUAGCUGAUGUGGCCAAGUCAUGUGGUACUGCACAAGGUCCCAGUUCACCCAGCAGCUCCCCUGACAAGCGACAUCUCACUCUUGCCGAGGCUGCACAAGUUUACCAGGAGACAGCACCCCAACCUAUUAAAUCACAGUUGGCUAAGGUGGCAGUAGUGACAGGGGAAGAGGAAGAGAGAAAUGUGCUACAGAUCAACUGCCGGUUAUUCCUCUUUGAAGGAGAGACACACACAUGGAAGGAGAAAGGACGUGGCACUCUUCGAUUGAAUGACAUGUGUCAAUCUAUGUCUGAAAGCAUAUUCCAAUCCAGACUUGUUAUGCGUACUCAGGGCAACCUGCGAGUAAUGUUAAACACUAAGCUGUGGCCAGAGAUGACGUUGGAUCGUGCUAAUGACAAAAGCCUGCGAGUGACAGCAGUAGACGGAGAGCACAAUGACAUAAAGAUCUACCUUAUUAUGGGAGGGCCCAAGGAUAUCCUACAGCUCUACACUGCCAUAGACCGACGGAUACAAGCUCUGAAACGUGGUCAGCAAGCACAGCAUAGUGCAGACAGCCCUGUCAACCUCAGUGCCAGUCCUCAGACAAAUGACUCCGGCAAUGAGAGUACUGGUUUCAAAGAUGAUAAGGAGAGACAAGCAGCUACAGAACAAGACGACAGCAGCAAUGACUCCAAUGCCACUGGCCAAGACGCUGAUAAAGAGGGGUUAAGUGACGACGAGUGACCAGGUGCUUGAUGAAAGAGCCACUCUGAUUGCAGAUAGAGGAGCUGGGUUUGAUUACAGUACUGCUUCAAAUGAAGCCUUGAAAAUAUUAACAUUACUUAUGAUAAAUAUUGAGUCCUGGCUAUUUGACAGAUAGACAUUGUAGCAGACAGACAAGUGGCUAGUGAUGGUACAUUGAGUAGGCCAUUAGCAGAGAAACACAUUAAUAUCCUGUUGGGGCCGGUUGCACAAAGCCUGAAUAAGUUAUCUGCCCGAUAGGCGCUACCCGCCUGAUAAAAUCCCUGAUAAAUCCCUGAUAAAUAUGCAAAACAUGCACUGUUUUUUCUUCAAACAAAAUGGCUGCACUAAGGAAGAGCUUCAAAAUGUGACGGAAACCAACCAGUUUUUCAAGGCAAAGUGCACGUAAAUCACAGAAUAAUAAAAGGGGAUAGUGUUUAGCUUCUUCCCGUCUUGAAAAUCACAUUUCUCAAUAGAACGGACAAUAUAGUCCGAUUCCAGUCCUGCCAAAGCUGAAUGUAAGUUCGUAGUUCUCUGUUAAUUUAACAACUGUAAAAUUCGUUGUUUCCAUGUGUUUCAACUUUCACUGUGUCUAAAAUUAACCUUAAUUCUGCAAGACACCAGUUUGUUUUUUCUUCACAUUUAUUCAGUGGAUAAGACUUUUUCUGACUUCUAUCAUCUGGAUAACUUUAACUGCUGGAUAACUUUCAUUUGGGCUUUGUGCAACCGAAUCAUGGCACUCGGAAAAUUAUUUGGUUUAUCCGCUGGAUAAGGAAUUAACCGCUGGAUAAGACUUAUCCAAGCUUUGUGGAACCGGCCACUGAUGGUUGGGGUUCAUUGUCAUGAUUGGUUGAUAGAACAGCUAGAGCUGUUAUGAUUGGUUGAUAGGACAGCUAGAGCUGUUAUGAUUGGUUGAUAGAACAGCUAGAGCUGUUAUGAUUGGUUGAUAGAACAGCUAGAGCUGUUAUGAUUGGUUGAUAGAACAGCUAGAGCUGUUAUGAUUGGUUGAUAGAACAGCUAGAGCUGUUAUGAUUGGUUGAUAGAACAGCUAGAGCUGUUAUGAUUGGUUGAUAGGACAGCUAAAGCUGUUAUGCAAGUUUGUAUGGCGGAUCUGGAGCUGGUUGUGAAAGAGAAAAGGUUACAUAAUAGUCAAGAUAACUUGACAACUUCAUCUUUUGCCCCCCAUUGCUCUAUUUCUUAUUUUUUUAUUUUUUUUUGGAACAUGACUGUCUGCUCACAUCUUCAAAAAAAAAAUCAACAUUCUCUAAUAAUAUCCGGUCAACAGACUUCUGUAAAAUAAACAAGCAUUAUUUGUUUGUGAUAAUACAUAGUGCAUACUUGUUAGAGAAUCCAAAUGUUUGUUAUUCAGGAUACUGGUUCUGUGCUUUAUCUAUGUUUUUUUUUUUUUUUUAUUCUUUGCUUAUUAGUUAUUAUUAUUAAAUGCUAAUUACUUUAAAAGAACAAACUCCACUGUUCUAAGCUUGUGGAAUUAAUAGUUGUUGUACAUACAUUGUUACAUCACAACAUAGUAUCACACGUCUCUUGACGUUCUCUACAGGUAUACUAACCAGGAUUUUAUUUUUGUAGACAUACCUAAGCUUGAGAUUAUAGAAUUGCAAUCUACAGCUGUUAGAUAGAAAGACUUUUAUGAUCUCCUUCUUAGAUAAGUGUGUAAAUCUUUCAAAUCCUUUUUGUGUUCCACAAGAUAGAUGAUUCUAUGUAUUGUCCCUGGUAUGUAUUUAGAGCAUUGUAUAUACUUGUUGACUUGUUUUAGAGAAUAAAGUACUUCAUUCUCUGCUGGAA